AUGUUGAGCCCGAGUGGUGAGCCGCCAUCUGCCGCCGUUAGUGGUGGCGGAAACGUUUUUGUUGGAGGUGGUUCUGGUGAGAUUAUGCUGUUUGGUGUAAGAGUAAAAGUUGACCCCAUGAGAAAGAGCGUGAGUAUGAAUAAUCUUUCUGAAUACGAGCCCGUUAAUAACAACAACAACAACACUUGUGCUAAUAACAAUGAUAGUGAGUCGUUGAAGACGGCGACUGCGACGACGAAUAGUUAUGCAUCGGCCGACGACGCCGUGCCGCAGUCAGGCAACGGGAGCCGGGAGCGUAAGCGAGGAGUUCCAUGGACAGAGGAAGAGCACAGGCUAUUUCUUGUUGGAUUGCAGAAGGCAGGAAAAGGAGACUGGAGAGGAAUCUCUAGAAAUUAUGUCAAGACUCGUACGCCAACCCAAGUUGCUAGCCAUGCCCAGAAAUACUUCCUUCGCCGGAACAAUCGAAAUCGGCGUCGCCGCCGUUCUAGUCUCUUUGACAUCACAACUGACUCGGUUACUGCAAUUCCAAACAACGAGGGCACAAGCCAUCAAGAAAGUGCAGCCCAGGCAAUUUUGCCACCAACCUCUCUGCCUCCUUCCGAAACUUCCAAUAUCGGUGGAAUCCCGGUUGGUGUAGCAGCCGGUGAAUCAUCGGGAGGCAUUGCUGUCCAGCAUUUGUCAAAAUUGGCCGUGCAAUCUUCGCCACUCACAUCUGGCUUGAACCUGGGGCUCUAA